CAAGAAGUUUGCAUUGGUACCGUGUUGCUCUUCGAUCAAGAUUAUUUUACUGUCCAUAUUUACUCUAUCAAUUCCAAGAAUGUUGCACACCAUUUCCAUUGUACUAGCCAUGAUGAACUGAAUGAACUCGACUCAAGCGCAUAAGGCCAGUCAUCAACUCUGCGAGAGGAGUAUCAGCUGUUGUCGGGGUCGGAGCACGUCGCAGAUGUCGUCAGCAGAACAAAGGAUUAUGUGAGAAACCCUUUCGAUUUCGCUCGUCAAUCAUCGAACCAUCGAAUACAACUGGACCGAAACAGUGGAAUUCUGCGAAUUUCAAAGCUCGUUAAUUGCUCUUCUACUAUAAACUAUUUUAGUAAUGCAUACACAAUAAAAACUGCCAUUCCUACAAAAUAAAUGAAUUAUGUAUUAACGUUUCAUUUUAAUAAUAUAUUUAGAAAUAAAGUGCUACGGAUAUACUUUUAGUUGUUGCUUAAUUUGUAAAAUUAAAAAAACAACUAAACAAUGGAUGACAAAAGUAAGAAAUUAUCACGUUGGUACUUUGGUGGUGUUUCUUCCGCAGCUGCUGCAUGUGUGACUCAUCCUUUAGAUUUACUGAAGGUCCAUUUGCAAACUCAGCAGGAAGGCAAAAUAUCAAUAGUACAUUCAACUGUUGAAAUAGUUAGAAAACAAGGAGUUAUAGCUUUAUACAAUGGACUUAGUGCUUCCUUACUUCGGCAACUUACUUAUUCUACAAUAAGAUUUGGUGCUUACGACGUCGGCAAACAAAUGUUCGAAACACCUGAUCAUUCAUUACCUUUUUAUCAAAAACUCUUAUUGGCUGGAGUUUCUGGUGCUGUAGGCGGUGUUUUCGGAACACCUAGUGAUGUAAUUACUGUACGCAUGCAGAAUGAUAUCAAAUUACCACCAGAACUAAGAAGAAACUAUAAGCAUGUUUUUGAUGGAUUGUUACGUGUAUUUCAACAAGAGGGUGUUCGUCAAUUAUUUAGUGGAUGUUCAACCGGAGUCAUGAGAUCAGUACUCAUGACUAUUGGUCAAUUGAGUUGUUAUGAUCAGAUUAAAAUGAUGUUGUUGGAGACUGGUUAUUUUCAGGAUACUCCUUCGACGCAUGUUCUAACCAGUGUAUCAGCUGGCACUAUCGCAACAACGCUAACACAACCUAUAGAUGUUCUAAAGACGCGAACACAAAAUGCUAAGCCUGGAGAAUUUAAAAAUCUAAUGGCACUUUUCUCAUAUACUGCCAAACUUGGACCACAAGGUUUCUUUAAAGGUUAUGUACCUAGAUUUAUUCGAUUAGCACCACAAACCAUUCUCACAUUUGUAUUCCUUGAGCAACUCAGAUAUAAUUUUGGGUUCUAUCCACCUUCUGUGAAACCAUCGUUAAUCAACGGGAGAUGGUAUUACACGUGGCUGUCAGCUGAUCGCGGCGCGGCGCCGCUCCACUUCUCCAGAACGUUUUACAUCAGUGGAAUUCCAGCUGCUGUCGGGGUCGGACGUCGCCAUCAGCAAAAUCGACGAUUAUAUCGUACAAUGGCUGAUAAAAGUAAGAAAUUAUCACGUUGGUACUUUGGUGGUAUUUCUUCUGCAGGUGCUGCAUGUGUGACUCAUCCUUUGGAUUUACUUAAGGUCCAUUUGCAAACUCAGCAAGAAGGCAAGAUAUCAAUAGUACGUUCGACUAUUGGAAUAAUUAGAAAACAGGGAAUAUUAGCUUUAUACAAUGGACUCAGUGCUUCCUUACUUCGUCAACUUACUUAUUCUACAAUAAGAUUUGGUGCUUACGAGGUCGGCAAACAAACGUUUGAAACACCUGACCGUCCAUUAUUUUUUUACCAAAAACUCUUCUUGGCUGGAGCUUCUGGUGCUGUAGGUGGUGUUUUUGGAACUCCCAGUGAUGUAAUUAAUGUACGCAUGCAGAAUGAUAUUAAAUUAGCACCAGAAUUAAGAAGAAACUACAAACAUGCAUUGGAUGGAUUGGUUCGUGUAAUUCAACAAGAGGGUGUUCGACAAUUGUUCAGCGGAUGUUCGACCGCGACCAUGAGAGCAGUGAUGAUGACUAUCGGUCAACUGAGUUUUUAUGAUCAGAUUAAGACGAUAUUGUUACAGUCUGGUUAUUUUCGAGAUAAGCCUUCAACGCAUAUUUUAUCCAGUAUAGCAGCUGGCGCUAUUGCAACAACGCUAACACAACCUUUAGAUGUUCUAAAGACACGUGCAAUGAAUGCUAAACCUGGAGAGUUUAAAAAUCUAAUGGAACUCUUUUUAUAUACUGCCAAACUUGGGCCACUGGCUUUUUUCAAAGGCUAUGUACCUGCAUUUAUUCGUUUAGCACCACAAACUGUUCUGACAUUUGUAUUCCUCGAACAACUCAGAUAUAAUUUUGGGUUCUAUCCACCAUCUGUAAAACUAUCAUCUUAA